AUGUUGUUUCCGUUCUUCAUUCUACUGGCCUGUGCCCUGCUCGCCCAGGCCCAUGAUGGAUCGGGCUGUGGGACGGCACCCCCUAGCCCAGAGUUCCUGGCAGUGGGACGGCAAUUCGCUGAGCGGGAGAGUAUCGCGCGCCAUGAUAACCGUAUUUCAAGGGUGAAGAGGACUAUAGAGGUGGAUGUUUAUUUACACACUGUCGCCACGUCGAGGGACAAACUAGUCAGCGUAGGUACAUCCUGGGCAUCAACGCCGUCAGAAAAAACUGACCCAAGAGUCAAGAUCAGCACCCUCCACAGGCAGUUCGCCGUCCUCCUCAAGUCAUACCUGCCGUACGGCAUAACCUUCAACCUCAGGGGCACCACCGAGACCAUCAACACCAAGUGGUCCCGGGACGGGGACGAGAUGGGGAUGAAGCGCGCGCUGCGCUCGGGCGGCUACCGCGCCCUCAACAUCUACUACGUCGAGGACCUCCACGGCGACCUCGGGUACUGCUACUACCCGACCGACGCGGCCCAGGGCUCCGAGGACUUCUACCGCGACGGCUGCUCCGUCCUGUCGUCCACGGUGCCGGGGGGCUCGAUGGUCGACUUCCGCCUGGGCAAGACGUCGGUCCACGAGGCGGGCCACUGGUUCGGCCUCAUCCACACCUUCGAGGGGGGUUGCGUCGGCGACAACGACCUGGUCGACGACACGCCCGCGCAGGCGAGCGCGUCGGCUGGGUGUCCCAAGGGGAGGGACUCGUGUCCUCUCAAGCCGGGUUUGGACCCGAUCCAUAACUACAUGGAUUAUUCGUCAGAUGAGUGCUAUUCCGAGUUCACCAACGGGCAGAUUGAUCGUAUUCACAGUUUCUGGGACAGGUAUCGCAGAUAA